GUCUGGGCUACUCUAGUUGCCUCACAACCGGACUACCGAGGGCGCUUGUGCUCUUUCCCCCAACUAAGCAACAUCUUCACCGGGAUUUCUUUCAAACCAAAACCAUAUGAGAUGCAAGUUCACUGUGAAACUCCGGAGCCCGUUCGGUUCAGGCAGCAAAACUUUUUCUCAAAGGACAACACCGUAACACGGCGGUUGGACUGUUGCUGCUGCCGCUGCUCCGCGGGACAGUGUGUGUGUAUAUGACCGUAGAGUGCCUGCAAACCUUCAUACCUUUGCGGUAUUGUUGUUUUUUUCAGCGGAGUUGUUGUAAGCAGCGUGGCAGCAGCUUUAUUGUUCAGUUUGGGGCUUGCUCUCGGCUCACUCCGGCUGGUGUUAUUUGUGUUUUCGGGAGCGGUUUGUUUGGAAACAGUGUCGAGGAGGGAAGAAGAGACGGUCAUUCUCCUAAACAUAUGACUGCAAGGCUUGAAGCCCUUUAAACCUUCCCGGUUGGUGCUCGCUUCUGCGGCUCUUGUCGGUCGCACCUUCCGUCCGCUGUCCGGCUGCUUGGGACCCUUCACAGGGAAGGACAUAGAGGGACACUCGGUAGUGGAGGUGGAGGAGGAGGUGUCCGGAGGAGGAGGAGGUGGCGGUGGUGACUUGACGGGGAGAAAAAGUUCUUCCAAAAUAGCAGCCAUUCGGCCUUGUGAUGGGGGACUUCGCCUCCCCCCCUGCCGGACCCAACGGCAGUAUCUGCAUCAACAACAGCAUGAACCCGGGCGCCGGGAACGUGGGGCCCGCCGGAGCGGUGGGCAUACCUAAGCACAGUACGGUGGUGGAGAGGCUGAGGCAGCGGAUAGAGGGCUGCCGGAGACACCACGUUACCUGCGAGAGCAGGUACCAGCAAGCGCACGCCGAGCAGCUGGAGAUAGAGAGGAGGGACACGGUCAGCCUGUACCAGCGGACUCUGGAGCAAAGGGCCAAGAAGUCGGCCGGCGGCAGCAGCAAGCAACCGCAGAGCAAGCAGCAGGACCAGGAAUCUGCCUCCACCACGGAACAGAGGAAUAACACGCUCAUAGCGCUCCAGGAGACUGUAAAGAGGAAACUGGACAGCGCACGAUCUCCGCUCAAUGGAGAACAGAACGGUAUUUGUGAUGGAGGCAGCUACUCGCCGACUACCAAACGGGUACGGAAGGAGGGCCCCAGCAGUUUGGACUCACUAACGGGUCUCUCCAACAAUAACGUACCACCCAUCUCUCCACUGCAUCACCAAAUGGACAUUAAGCCCUUACUUGGCGGGCCAAACACUUCCACCGGAAACAACACUACAAACAGCAACGGCAACCACAUAGGCCAGGGGUCAGAUGAUCUUGGAAAGAAUGGUGGAAGCCAUCUCUCGGACAUGAAGCUGAACGGCUCGUUGGACCUUGAGGACAGCUUCGGCCUCCUCAAAGACUUAAAACAGGAGCCACUGGACGACGGAGGUGGGAUGGAGUCCUCUGAUCCCCAAUCUCUUUCCAAUCAGAACAAACUGUUCUCCGACAUCAACCUCAAUGACCAAGAGUGGCAGGAGCUGAUCGACGAGCUGGCCAACACUGUCCCGGAGGACGAUAUGCACGACCUCUUCAAUGAGGACUUUGAGGUUAAGAAGGAGGCGGAGUUCGGCAGGCCGGCAAACAAUCAUACACCAGGCCCACAAGAAGCAGCUGGGAACACGACGGCGCCGCCAGCAGCCGCCCUGCCUCCCCCUCCGCAGCCUCCACAGGGAGGCCCCCAGGUUCCCAUGGGCUCUCCACAGGUCCGACCGUCGUCGUCUGGCCCACAGUUUGCCACCACUGCCAAUGGAACUCCUCCUCAGCAACCUUUGCAGCAGUCUCCAGCCGUUGCCAUGGCAUCAGGUUCCCCAUUGCACAACUGCGUGGCUCGCUCCCCUCAGACCCCAACCCAGGCUCAGACGCAAGCAGUCUCUAGGCCAGGGAAUGCAUACAUGAUGAACCCAGGCCCGGGGGUCAGUCAAGCGGGCACGGGACCUGGAGCGGCCGGAGUUGCACCUGGAGGCCAGCCUGUAGGGCCAGUGACGCCAGAACUUUCUCCAGCAGAGCAGCUAAAAGCAAUGGCCCAGCAGCGUGCUAAACUGCUGCAGCAGAAGCAGCAACAAGCAGCUAACUGGUCCCCUGCAGGAGCUCCAACCAGUCCCUAUAACUCUGGUCCCUUUAACCAAGACAAACCCAACAGCCCCAUGAUGUACCCACCGCAAGCCUUUAACGCUCCACAGGGCCCUCUAGUGGCUGGGAUGACCCCGAACAAUGGGCCCAAAGCCCCUAUGAACAACUACCUCCCUCACAACCACAUGGGCAUGAUGGGCCAGCAACAGCCAAACAGCAUCAACCAGAACACCAUGACCAAACAGCAGCAGCAGCAGCACACGGCAGCCAUGUUGUCAUACAACAACACCAAACCGCUGAGUCACUUCAGUGGCAGCGGGGUCGAUCACAUGGGCCAGAGGAUGACUCCCCCCAUGGGAGGGAACAAUCAGGUCAAGAACCCCAUGAUGCCUCCCUACAUGGGCGGCGGGGGAGGCGGUGGCCAGGGUGCGGGGCCGGGGCAGACCCAGGGGCCAAUCCCGGGACAGACGGCCCACCUGAGUGAGGAGCAGAAGAGGAUGCUGCUGAUGAAGCAGAAAGGGUUGAACCAGAACAUGCCCUACAGCGCCAUGCAGCCUCAUGGACAGGAACAAGGUGUGGUGGGAAUGUCACGACCGCCGGGCGCCAUCCCGCCUCCUCACCCUGCUGGGGGCGUGGCUUCUGGGGUGGGGCCCAACCAGGGGUCGGGGCCUCCUCCGAGCUACGUGGGCAACCAGCAGCAGGCGGCCAUGAUGAAACAGAUGAUGGCAAUGGAGCAGGAGAAGAGGGUCCAGAUGCACAUGAUGGAGCAGCAGAAGCAGCAGCUCUUCAGGGAGCAGAGGCAGCAGCAGCAGCAGCAACUACUGGCCGAGCAGCUCCAACAGCAGCAGCAGCAUCUCCCCAGACAGAUGGGCCAAGGCCAGAGGAAUCCAUACCCCCAAGUCAAUCAGUACCAAGGUCCUCCUCAGGAUCUGGCCUCAAGAAGCCAGGCUCUCCAGAACAUCCGGGCCGCCCGUCUCCUACAGCAGCAGCAGCAGCAGAACCAGCAGCAGUUGGUCCAGAUGGGUUCUGUCCAGGGUCAGGGGGGCUCCGUGGGACCCCAGACUGACAUGGGUCUACCCUACGGCAACCAGGGGUCCAGCCAGGGUUCCUUGUAUGGGCUCAACCCCUCCAUGAGCCAAAUGAUCCACCAGCAGCAGCACCAGAGCCAAAGUGUCCAAGCCUCCAUGGGUCUUCCACCGCAGCACAACCCCGCCGGAGGGCCACCCCGGCAGGCAGGUGCGGGUCCCGGGGUCGGAGGGAUGCCAGGAGGUCCUGGAGGUGGUGGAGCCGGAGGGUACGGAGGCCAGGGGAUGUUAAUGAACUCGAUGACACAGCAACCCCUCAAAGGACCCCCCAAUGCCAAAGCCCAAGCACAGAGACUGCAAAGCAUGCUGGGAGCAGGAGGUGGAGGUGGGGGGAUGGCGGCGGGUGGCUGGCCCCAGCAGCAAGGACAGGGUCUGCAGGCCUUGGGGGGAGGAGUCGGAAGGACUACAGGAGGGGGGGGAGGGGACAUGGUGGGGUUUAGCUCCGCCCAGGGUUAUGGGAUGCAGCCGGGUCAACCCCAGCGCAUGGCCAAGCAACACUUCCAGGGUCCGGGCCAGGGCAUGAGCCAGGGGAUGGAUCCCAGAGUGGGCAACCCAGCGGCAGGUAUGGGGGGCCCGAUGAUGGGCCCUCACAUGGGCGGUCAGCCAAGGACCAACCAGCCCCGGCCCAUGGUCAUGAACCAGGGAAUGAACCAGGGGGUGAUGGGCCAGGGGAUGACUGGGAUGGGGGGUUUCGGCCCGGGCCCUGGUGGGCCUGGGAUAGGGGCAGGAGGAGGAGGAGGUGGACCCUAUGGACCAGGGGGAGUCGGGGUUGGAGGUCAGCCACCGGGCUACCAGAGGACAGCCAAUCAGGACAUGUCAUCCUAUGGAUAUGGGGGCGGGCCCUCAGGGGGAGGAGCCUUUGGAUUGGGCGAUGGUUCAGGAGCGGAGCUGGACUCAAGCGAUGGUUGGAUGGACGAGUUUUUCCCAAACCAAUAGCCAAGGGGGAACCUGGAGAAGAGUUUUUACUGGAUGAACUAAAUGUCAGAGUCGGACAAAUGUUAAAAACCUGAGAAAGUAAAACAAAAAGGAAGACAUGAUGCAGACUGGCAUGUUAUUGUUUUGUAAAACAUGAGCAAGGUUAUACACGUGUUAUGUUUUGUGUGUGUGUGUGUGUGUGUGUGUGUGUGUGUGUGUGUGUGUGUGUGUGUGUGUGUGUGUGUGUGUGUGUGUGUGUGUGUGUGUGUGUGUGUGUGUGUGUGUGUGUGAGUGAGAGAAAUUGAGAGCGAUCAUUAAGUCUUGUGCAUAUUAAUGAAAAACCAUAAUAGAGAUUAAGAGGUGUGUUUCAUUCCUUUCCCUUUUUUCUCCGCAAAAUGAAUUGUUCUCAUGUUCCAGUGUUUGAAAGCGAGCCCCGUUUACACAGCAGCGCUUUGAGCCCAAGCUUCAGCGGGGUUGACUGAACACCGCAGACUGAUGAAGGGGAAGCAAGACUAGUUCUCAAGACAGCAAUUUAUUUGUGUUUGUGUGUUUGUGCCACCCAGCUCUGUGCUUCAGAUCUCUCAACUAUGUGAGGAGCUGAAGGGAGUAGAAAGCACUCUCAGCGCUCCCAUUUCCUCCCUUAGAUUUGUGCCCCCUAUAUACACACACAUGCACACACACAAAUCUGUCGCCUUGCACUCUCCCACUUUGUUCUCUCCACUUCAUCUCUCUCUCAUCCUGCCUUUCUCUCUCCUCCCGUCUCCCACCUUCUCUCCGGAGACUCGUUCCCCGCUCUCUAAGCUGUGAACGUCACAACAGAACAAACGAUGUUCCUCUAUUGUGCCACACAAGCGUAGUCUGCCCUCUAGUGCUUUUGCUACGCAACCAACCCGGGUGGCGUUUUUUUUGAGGGGGUUUCAUUUCCUGCGCGUGGCUGUGGAUGACGGGUAUGCAUGCAGAGAAGGACAAAGAGAGCAAAAAGGCAGAGGAGAGAGAGAAAAGGCAGCUAAAGCAAGCACACACACACACACACCACACACACACACACACACACACACACACACACACAAAUAAACAAACCGACAAACAAGCUUCAGCCUGGGAGGAUGAGCGGAUGUGUGAGAGGCAGCUAACGGAGCUAAUAUUCCUUUAAACUCCCUGCCUGUGUGACACAAACCACAUCACAAGCAAAACGAUCGCUGGGCACUGAAUGUAUUCAAGCACCACAAGUGACUUCUUCUUUUUAAGAAAGAAAAAAAAUUGAAAAGCCCACCCACAUGUUUCGUUUGUUGCCGUGUUUUAUCUCUAACAAUGAUGCUAGUUAUGUGUCUUUGUCGAUUUUAAAAGUGCAAAAAAAAAAAGGAAAAAAGUUCUUUAUUUUGUGUUGUCUUUUGAAAAAUCUGUUCCGUCGCAGCACAGCCUUCCCUUACAUUGUGACACCGCUGGUUGUCAAUCACCGUAGCCCUGCUUUCCACCGUGGCUUCUCUUGUACCGCAGCUAUAAAACGCCCUGGCUCCAAAACUAGAACGUAACUGUGCUAUACUGUAACACUACUGUGAAGAAAAACAAGUCGUCCCCUUCCAGCGCUUUUCUAGGAGAAUGAACCACUGCUACGCCUUGAGUUUGUUUUGUAAACGGUAGAGAAAUAGCUGAUUUAAGAGUGACAAUGCCAGUUAGCAUCCAUCAGUCAGUGCUUCCACUGCGGUCUCCCCUUCUCGGAGCUAACCCACGUAAACUUUAUUCGUCAUCAUCAACAAGCUCUCCACUCUUUUGCCCUAAUGGUUGAGUAAUAAAUAUGUGUCCGAUUUUUAGUCGUCAGAUAACACCUUACUCCUCUAACUGUUCUGUGGUAUUGGUUAAAAAGAAUGAAAUGAGAGCGUGUUUGUGCUUGCAUUACUUUGUAGUUAACGCAUCGAGAGUGAAAGUUUGGAGGACGACGCUGUAAUCAACAAACCAAAAAGCCUUCUUCUCUGUAAACUAGCUCCUCGCCAUCGACGCUGUUUGUUCUCAUGGCUGUUGACGUUGUAUAAUCCAAACCCUUUAAAUACAAACUUUUAACCGCCAUCGUCCUGUUAGCGUCGCUGCGUUUUGUAGCACCCAACAAAUGAGGUUCGGUUUUUGUCAGUUUUUCGGGGAGCGGAAGUCCUCCGUGUCACUGUGUGGAGUCUGAAGGGUCGGGGUUGUAGCCCUCCCCAGGUUCAUUAGGGGAGAUUAAAUAAAAGUUAAGUUCUUGGGUUGUUUGAGCCUUCCUCGUGCAGGAAAUGCAGUGCAGCGCUCACGGCUUCAAUGGCUCCGCUGCUCAAAGUCAGACGUGGAGGAGAUGUGUAGGAUAACACCUGAAGUUCACCACUCCAAACUCUAGGCAUGAAGAUAGAGCGACACUUCUAGGUCAGUGUUAAGAUAGAGACCUUUUUUUUUUGUCUUCUUCAAAGUAAGGGGUCAUGAGAUGGUUUGAAAGGAAGCUUCCUCCAAAUAUCAUUAUGUAUCGGGACCAAGUCUGUAGACAACAUUUUAACAAAAACUGUUGUUGUUGAUGUUCUUUGUUUUAUUUUAUUUGUUUUUUUACUGGUGCUGACAUAUAUGUGAUUAUGAGAAAAAGUAUAUAAAAGAUAAUGGCUAUUUGUAAAUAUGUUUUUACAGGUUUAAAUACAUCAGAUAAUACAGUCUCUACUCUGUAAAGAAUUUACUGUUUGUUGGAAAAUAGAGAAGUAUUUUUAUUUUGAAGUUUUUUGGUUUCACGUUUAACCCAUCUGAGCUAUGCCAUUGCACUUCAGACAAUGUCUUACUACUAAUUUGUAUUGUAAACCUCCUCUUUUUUUGGAAUUAUUUUUCAUUUGUUUGUUUUUUUUGUUUUGUUUCCAGUUUGAGAUUUGACUCUGUUCUUAAGCAGUGCUUAUUUCUUUUUAUCCUGUACAGAAUUCUGAAAUGUUAACAAAAGAGAAUUACAAACACCCUUUUUUUUCGUUUGUUUUUUCAAAAAGAUACAAUAAAGAGAGAAUGUUCUCGCUGAUCAUAUUAAACUAAA